UAUACGCCGUGGGCUAUCCCAGGAUUUACCGAACCAAAAAGGGAGAAAGAACGAACUCGGCUUGAAGCCGGAGGGAUAUUAAACUCUGGACUAGGUCUGCAAGGAGGGAGGAAGAACACCAAAUGGAUGCUCAAGCCAAGAGAAAGGCGUUGUUUCGCGCCAAAUUGAAUGCUCAGAAGAAGGAUAAGCGCAUCGAUUCUCCUCUUGUCAGGUACAAUGAGCUGGAGCAACCGGUCUGUAGGGUGUGUGAUAUUGUCUUGAAAUCAGAGGCUUACUGGGAUGCACACCAGUCUUCUCGUAGACAUCACGAGGCAAUAAAUAAUCUCAAAGCUAAUGCAGCAGGUAGGUCUGGAGUUAACAAUAUUAAAGCCGAGGCCCCUACUGAACUCCCUGACCGCAAACCAAUAGAUUCGAGAGAGCAGAAAGCAUCGACUGGGACAUCAACAGAGUUACCAAAACGUCAGUCAUCAUCCGUGCUUCCUCCAGAUUUUUUCGAUCAGAGUGCCAAAAGGCUCAAAACUGGAAAGGAAUCUAUUAAGUUCGUCGAACCAGAUUCACGUAGUGGUAACAUCGCUCAGUCAGAAGUGAUUGCAAAGGCCAGUGACCUUAGUCAGAAAUCUUCCACGAAUGGUGGUUCAGAGGGGAAGCAAAUAAAGGGAGCUCUGCCUGAAGGUUUCUUUGAUGAUAAGGAGGCUGAUUUGCGUGCGCACGGCAUAAAACUUGUGAAGCCUGAUGUCAAAGAUGAAUACAAGGAAUUCGAAAAGUUGAUCCAAGAGGAUUUGAAAGAGGUGGAUGACCGUUUGGAAGAGGAGGAGAUCGAUGCUGCUGAAAUGAUAGAGGAAGCUGAAACCUUAGAGCAGAAGGCCUACAGGGAGAGAGUGGAAAAGUUGAAGAGGAAGAAAAUGGAGUUGAAGAACAAAAAAUCAGCAGAACAAAGUAGAGGCAAGCCCGACAUUCCUACUAAAGAGUCGAGCCUUGACGACUCUUUGAGUGAUGAUGACAGUGACACCAAUUAUACAGUAGAUUGGAGAGCUCAACACUCAUGAUAACAAGUCAGCUCUAAACUUUCGAUGUACUUUAAGACGAGAUGAUGAAAAAAGAGGAAAGAAUGUGACAAUGUUGAUAGAAAUUUGAUGUUUAACCACGCGUUGUAGCUUGGAAAAAGUGUUACGGGCAUAGUUGAAUGGUCGUAAAAUUUUAUUAAUGAUGUUAGAAGUUAAACUUUUACGAACUUUAUUUUGUUUCA